AUGAAAAGCAGCGGAAUCAUACAUGUAUGCAGAUUCCAGAUCCUACGUCACGGACAUAUUUCUAGGGAGGAGAACGACCCCCACAGGCCGCCGCAGGCGAGGCCAUCAGGGAGUAACGGCGGCGGCGAGCGGGGCCUCCGCCGUCAGGCACUCGCAGCACUCGGGGCGGUAGGAGCAGCACGCGGGAACUCCGGGCACAGCCCUGCCAUGCACCUUCGCCGAUGCGGCCAUCAUCAAGAACAGGCAGACCUGCACGAGGAGGAAAACCAGGAAGGCACGGAGGUGACCCAUCUCCAUGGUCUCGGUUGUUGUUUUGCUAGCACAAAUAGCAACACGAGAAGGAGAGGGAGGUAUUUCCUCCUGGAGAGAUGCUUUUCUUCUGUCACACUGGGUCUUCAGACUUUCAGGGAUCUCUUUAUAUAG